AUGGGAUCCCGCCUAAGCACCCAGCCAGAAUUACCGGAAGUAGAUCUGAGUGGAAAAGUUGCAAUCGUUACUGGAGCAAAUGCAGGUAUCGGUUACGAGACGGCCAAGUCCCUGGCGCAGAUGGGAGCUAAGGUCAUAAUGGCGUGUAGGUCAGAGAUGAAAGCUCUUGAGGCAAUCGAUCGUAUGAAAGAAGAACAUAAUGAUGAACGGGAGCUUAACAAAAGGUCGAGAGUGAAAAUACAGGUGGAUGAACUUGACCUUGAGUACAUGAACCUUGACCUAGGGUCACUUGCAAGUACGACGAACUUUGCGGAGUCUUUCAAAGCCAGAGGAAUUCACCUGCAUAUCCUCGUGUGUAACGCCGGAAUGGCAUUUGGACCGGACGAACCAAGUGUUGACGGAAUAGAGAUUCACUUCCAGGUCAAUUACCUAUCCCACUUCCUGUUGACCUUGCAUUUACUUCCGGUGCUAAAGAGCUCCGGUCCAAACACAAGGAUCGUUCUCGUCUCUUCAUUGGCGUAUAGUUUUGCAAGGUGGAAUGAAGACGAUAUACAGUGUUUGAAUACUGCAAAUAAAACCACAGUUUAUUCUAACACAAAGCUUUACCAGAUCAUGCAAAUGUUUUCUCUUGAAAGACGCUUGGAAGGAUCAGGCAUCAGUGUGUUUUCGCUGCACCCAGGGGUUGUGGAGACUGAGCUUGUGAAGCGUGAAGGACAGCGAAUUCCUUUAAUGCCUCGGAUGUUUGCUAGACUUGGAAUGUCGACACAUAUGCUGCGCAAUCCAUUCAAAGGCGCACUUACUACACUCCAUGCUGCUGUAAAUCCGGCCUACGAUGGGAAGAGCGCCCUCUAUUUUGAAAGCUCGAAACCACAUUGGCUGAUGUCACAACCGCGCGACCGCUGGAAGCAAGAACAUCUUUGGAAAUAUUCCCUUGAAUGUUUGAGAAACUACACGACAGAGGAUAUGUUGGAUGUUUUUACGUCAUGAGAUGGACCACCUUCAAAACUCUCAGAGAUCAUGAUCAAUGACAUGCCAUAUAUCUUGGACGUGUUUACGUCAUGUGAUGGACCUAGGCGCCAGACCUCUUGACGUCACAAUCAUUUUCCAACCAGGUAGACACAGUCACCGUAAAGUGGGGCAUAUGAUAAA